AUGGCCGAUAAAUUUCCAGCUUUAGAUUCCAUAGAAGAUAGCUUACCAACAGAAAAUGACGGUGACUUCUUGUCAAGGGAAAAAGAAUUGGUUGGUGAUGAAUUUCAAACUGAACAAGAUCAAGAAAUCUUGAAUGGUAGUGACGACGAAAUCAAUGAUUUUAAAGAACAAUUCCCUGAAGUUGAAUCUCAAGAACAAUCUGAGCCAGAGCCAAAGGUUGUAGAAGAUGAAGAAGAAUUCGAGGAAUUCACAAGUCAAUCAUUCCAAGGUGAAUCAAAACAUUUGAAAGAAUGGCAAGAACGUAGAAACUUGGAGAUUGACCAACGUGAAAAGGUCAAUGAAAAAAAGAAACAGGAAAUCAUCUCCAAAGCUCAAACCACCAUUGAUGAUUUCUACGAUAAUUACAAUAACAAAAGAGAGACUCAUAGUAAGGAUAUCUUAAAAGAAGAAGAGGAAUUUUUAGCUAAAAGAGAUGGAUUUUUGAACAACGGUACAUUAUGGGAUAGAGUCAAUCAAUUGACAAGUGAAGUCGGUGAAUUUGGUGAAAGAGACAAAUCAAGAUUCAAAGGUUUAUUAACAAAAUUGAAAGGAAAAGAGAAUGUUCCAGGUGCAGGUGGUUACCAAACUUAA